GCGAGACGGCCCUUCCCGCGCGCCGGCCGAGGAUCCCCCGCGCAACCGCCGGGGCUGCCGGCGAGGGGCGGCCGAAACUUCAACUCCCAGAGGGCACUGCGCGAGGCGCGGCCGCCCGGCCGACGGCGAUGCCUCCUGGGAGUGGUAGUUUUCCCGUCAGGGCAACGGCCCGCCAUUGGCAGGGAUGCGGGACGGCUGCCGCUGUCUUGCAGUCGGAUGGGGAGGGCUGGGCGCGUUUUGCUCAUAAAAUAAAAUAAGAGAACGACAAUGAACUCUAUAAGUGCCUUUGCCUGUCUGGAAGACUAGUGAGAUCACGUCGAACCCUGAGCGUGGACGAGGAUCAGAUCCUGCCCUCGUUCGGAGGAGUAUCGACUAAUCUGUUCCUGUCCAUCUUUGGCCUCCUUCAAGAAACACGGCAGUGAGGAGGUGGAAGUCGUGAUGCCCCCAUAUCAAAGGAAUAGAUCUGGACAACACAGAGUAUGUGAAAAAGCCCAGUGACUCAUAGCAGAUGUAAGCCUCAACUCUACAGAAUUUAAUAGCAAAAACAAUCGCAGAUUGGGAAGGGGUCUGGAAUUCUUUGCAUCAGCCGAAGAAGAUUUAACAACUUUGAGUUCUGUCCAGAAGUUAAAGCUUCCAAAAUGAAGAUUUUGAUAAUGAUUGAUUUUGUCCUUGCAGCUAGCUUGAUGGAUGCCAUUGGCAGCUCUGAUUUACAGAAAUGUUUUCAAGAGCAGAUACAACUUCAGGGCCAGGUGAGGCUUCUGGAGCAUCGUGUGAAACAGCAGCAGUUAAAAAUUAUGCAGCUUUUAGAGAAGAAAGAGAUUCAGUACAGUGACAGAGGAGAUGAAAACAGUGUCAUUGACUUGGGAGGAAAAAGGCAGUAUUCAGAUUGCGCAGAAAUCUACAAUGAUGGCCAUAAGCAAAGUGGAUUUUAUAAGAUGAAACCUAUCCAGAGUCCUACUGAGUUCCUUGCCUUCUGUGACAUGUCUGAAGGAGGUGGUUGGACUGUUUUUCAGAGACGAUCUGAUGGCAGCCAGAAUUUUGAUAGAGUCUGGGCUGACUAUGAAGAAGGCUUUGGAAAUUUUGUUUUGAAAAAUGGUGAAUAUUGGCUUGGAAAUAAAAAUCUUCAUUAUUUGACUAAUCAAGGGAAUUAUACUUUAAGAAUUGAUCUAACUGAUUUUGAAGGAGAACGGCGUUUUGCACAAUAUGCAAGAUUCAGAGUUGCAGGAGAGGAGCAUUCUUAUGAGAUGAGCUGUGGUGAAUACUCUGGUACAGCUGGUGAUUCCCUUACUGGUGGAUUUCAUCCUGAAGUAAAAUGGUGGGCUGAUCAUCGAGGAAUGAAAUUCAGUACUAGAGACAGGGAUAAUGACAACUAUGAAGGUAACUGUGCUGAAGAGGAAAAGGCUGGCUGGUGGUUUAACAGGUGUCACUCUGCCAACCUGAACGGUUUGUACUACAGAGGUCCCUACACUGCCAAGACAGACAACGGGAUUGUUUGGUACUCCUGGCAUGGGUGGUGGUACUCCCUAAAAUCUGUUGUCAUGAAGGAUCUCCUUUCAGUUGGAUAGUGCUAGAACCAAGAAUGUAAAAUGAGAUUCAGGAGAAGUCAGCUGCUAAUAAAAGGUUCCACUGUCCUUUCUUGCUGACCCACUAAUUUAAAUGCAAGUAAGUCUGAUGUGAUACCAGAGAAAGCCUUCAUUUGGGAGUAUUCAUGCUUACUCAUUAAAAACAAAUAAGUUUCAGCAGACUGCUUCUUGGAAAUGCUGUGACAUACAUCUUCAGCUACAAAUGGGUUUCUCACAUUAUUUUAAGCAAGGCCUAUAUUAUUCUCCAAAAGAAAAAUGUAGUGCAGUAGUGUUUAUUUCACUGCCUAUUUUACCAUUGUAGGAAGAGAACAAGUGACCAAAAUAAAAAUCCUUUCUUUGGGUCAUACAGAUUUUGAUGGGCCAGCAAAAUCUGGAACCCUUCUGACUCACGGAUCUCAUUUUCUUAAUAUGAAGAAGAAUGAAACCUGAAUACAGGUAUUUUCAGACUAAGAAAUGAAACACAGAAUUUGUAGAAGUGAGAAUUAAUGUUUCCCCCCCCACCUCUCAUGUUCUCUGUAUCAUGUAUCAUGUCAUUGAACUCUUUGAUACUGUUCUCAUAUAUGUGGGAAAUAUGUUUUAACCACUUUACAGAGUACUUUGAAACCUUCUCAGGAAACAUGCAAUUCAAGGAUUAUGUUUUAUUCCAUUACUAGCCUAGGCUAAUAGUUCUGUCUGAUCCUUGUCUAUAAUCAGGAAUCUUCAGGUUUUUCACUAGGAUAAAACCUUAUUAGCAGCACUUCCUGAACUAUAUCCAGCAUAUGCAGAGAGGUUGACUUUUAUAUACUGACUGCAUAUAGGUUUAAGGCAGGAGAAUGGCUCCUUUUCAGAAGCUUUUUACACAAUGAUUCAUUCAGUCUCUGGGAGAAGUGUACUGCACAAGUAUUCCAGGGUAUAUUUAAAAUGCCCACAGUUCUCCCUGAAAGAUUACCUUGCUAGCUUACCUUCAAGCCAUGUAUUUAAAAGAAAGAAGGGCUGACUAUGGCAGAAGGCUCCACUAUACUUAGCCCUACUGUUUUCAGUUUCUGGACUGGCCAUGAAUAAUUAAGGAAGUCUGCAGCUUCAACUUCCAUGGAGACAGCAGUGCUGAAGAGCAGGAAAUAAUCAGCUCUAGUUGGCACCACCAUCCAUUAUACCAAUAUUCACAGAGACAGGAUCAGUAACCCUUAAUAACAGCAUUGCCUGUUAUACCCAUUUUAAACACACUGCAAGCUGCUCAUCGUAAAUGGCAAAUGAAAUCCAGAGUACAGGUCAGUGUGCAGAGUAUGAUAUUUCAGUUUUCUGUGAUACAUACAAAGUAGGAAAAGUCAGGCAUAGAGGGAUUCCUUGGAGAAUUCUAGUCAUUUUAGGCUUAGAAAAUGCUAUAUGCUACUACAGUUUCCAUUUCAGACUAUGGAAAAUUAUAAAAACUGACAAAUGCCCACUAAUAGGAGGCUGAGCAAGAGACUGUGGUUAAGGAGGGCGCCACGUGAGGCAGCAGGGAUGAGUAUUCUUCCGCUGCACAUUCCAUCUCUGAUUCAGAAGCUCGUCACAAUAGAAAACAUACAUAUUUUUAUAAUUCCCUGUGCAAAUUAACUGACUUCUGCCUUCAAAACAUUCCAACAUUGGAUCUUGGUGGCUUAUCUAUGUGCUAGCCUUACGUUCAGCUACAAGAAAGCAAGUAGCUAGUAAUGAAGAAACUAGCUUUGUUUCUUCUAACUAAAAAUGUUUGUUUCUAUUCCAAUUUAACUUUUCUUCCUACUAUCCAAGACUACUGACCCAUCAGAAAAAGGAACUGAAGUUAAAUCAACAAAAGAAAUACAUUGCUCAGACACUCCUAAUGAUUUUGUAACUUUGUAUGCGUGGCUUUUCCUUUUUUCUUACAGUUCAUUAUACUUCCAGUCAACCCUUAAGACUGCAAAAUAGCCAAAAUAACACAUCUAAAAUAUUAAUUCAACAUUUAUCUGGUUUAUUAAUAACUUUGUUUAUUCACGCUGUCUUUACAGUAUGAAAUAUCAACAACACAUAAUUUCACAGAUAAAUCGUACUGCAUUCCAGGUGAAAAGUGCUGUAGACACAUAAUACAUGUACAACCUGUCUCACUUACCUGCAAUUUUCAAAUAAAAUAGUGUUGUUCUUAUUUCAGAUGCACCUGAUUCACCAGUAAUCUAGUCCAGUUUGUAAAGGUGAGUGGCUUGAACCCUAGACAGGGCUAAAUUUUCUUAAUUUUCUUAUGUAAGGUCUGUCCAGCCAUUAAUACUAAGCCAAGAACAACAGUCUCAGGGUUUUUUCCCUAGAGAAGUUUCUUUCAUCAGUUACAGUGAGUAUUGGGGGAAAGAAAAUUAAUACAUCAGACCUGUUCUAAGGAAAAUAAGGACUGGUUCAGAAAUGAGUUCAUGUAAGACCUCUAAGUAAUCUAUGCUGCUACGGGAAACACGGGCUAAAACACAUUAGGUGCAAAUAAGAAACUUACCACCCCAACACUCCCAUACACACUAGAUUAUUUUCACUCUAAAUUCCAUAUGUGUUUUCUCAUCUUCUUCCUUUUGGCUUGUGUUCCCAGACAGGAGGGAAAAAAUCCUAAAUUUACUUUCAUUUUCUUGCUCCCAUUGAAUGAAUACCAUUUCUUUAAAAUGACAGGUAGAAAAGGCUUGUUUUGUGUUUUAUUUACUUGUUUUUCCCCCGAUCUCUUAUUGUUCAGUAAUCUUUCAAGCACAGUGAAUAGCAUUCAAUUUCAACCCCCAAAUCAAAAAGCAUAUGCUAUCCCUUCAUUCAUGUUGGAAUUCAUUUGUCCAUAUUAGAGAGGAUGGGCAAGUGGAAAGGGUUUCAUUGUCCAGUUAUCUGACUUUGAGCAGUCUGUGCUAAAUCCUGCCAUAGGCUGCUGCAGCACAGCUUCCCCACAGCAUUUUGUUCCAUCCAGUCUCAGUAAGGCUCAGAAGGGGACAUCUUGUUGCCACACAGAACUGGUUUCCAGCUUUUCCUCUCUAUUUUGUUGGUGCAAGCUUCUGUUUAGUACACAGUACCUUUAUCACAAUUACUCCCACUUUUCUGGUUUUUUCUGUCCUGUUACAUAUACCAUGCUUACUUCUAAAUAGGACUAUUCCAACCAGUGUGAACAAUGACACAAUUUGCAAUAUUAAGGUGUUAUGGGUCUAAUGAAAUACACAUUCAUACACAUACAGAUCUGAAACCCAGAGAAGACAUUACUGACAGAACAGGAUCUAAGCAAAAGCAAUGUGGUACACUACAUUACACUGUCUUGUGAGCUCAGAAGCACCAUCAACUUAGCACCUAUUAACAACUCACUAUGCAUCAGCUGGCCUGCAGGAACUGUCAGCAUGUAUUACUUUGCAUUUACUACUGGCAAACCGUGUGCAAGUUAGCUUAGUCUUCUCUCCUGUCAGAACAUGUCACAUCACCACAUAUUUGCUGCUGGCUAAGAGCCUAUUCAUCCCCACAUCCACAUUUACCAUGGUAUAAAUGAUACUUGGUAAACCCUGCUAACUUAAUCUCACAUCCAAACCUACACUGGGGAGAUGCUGCAACAGCAAUAUAAUUUGUGUGUUCCUUAAUUAUAGAAAAGUGACAGAAGCAAACAAUCUUCAGUACCAUUUAAGCAGCUGACUUGCUGCAGAUAAGAAUGAGAUCAGUUUUAAUUGAGCAAAAUUUUAUUUUGUCAAGACAUUAAGUCUAUAGUAAGCUAGCAAUGAAAACAUUGAACAGUAGAGAAAGAAACUGGCCGUAUAAUCUUUUCCUUCUAAUAAUUUCCCUUAAAUAAGUCUUAGCGCUUAUAACUCUUCUGUAGACCCCUGUUAACCACUGUUAUAUAGUUGAAGGCAAGCAUAUCUUAGAACUGUUGUAGAGGCAUAGCCUUAAAGGCUCAGAAGCACUUGUUUCCUGGCAAGAAAUGUUUUCAAAUAGGUCUGUGCAAAAUAGGUCUCUUCAUUUCUCUGCCACAGACAGUUCCUUUAACAGAAAGAUCUUAUGGAGGACUUUUAGAAAAAAGUUGUUUUCCUUUAAAUAAACAAAACAAAACACCAAAAACCGACUAAACAAAAACCCUAAACAACAACAAGACAAAAAGGAAACAAAAACAAAGGACCAAAACUAAGAAAUGUGUGGUGCUGUCUCUAAUAGCUAGAAUAUCUCCCACUUCAGGUUUCUGACUCAUCUGCCAGCAUCUUCUUUGGAGAGCUCCUGCCCUGUCUCCUCAAAUUUGCUAUGGGGUGCCACGGGAAUUUAUUGUCAACCAUCGUCUCGUUAUCACAUCAAAUAGUCCCACCAGUUAGCAUCUCUAGGCACUUUUUUCACAGGUCUCUCUCUCUCUCUCUCUCUCUCCUUUGACCAAGUCAUUAAUCAAAUUAGUGCUCUUUUAGUUAUUUAAGCAUCAGCUCCAGUUCAACAUGACUGAAAACCAGCAUUCCCAAUGUUCUUUCUGUUCAGUCAUUUCAGGACAUCUACAAAUAACACCACUACUCUCUUAGGAAGUAGGCAGGUUUGACUGGAAAUAUUCACAUUGUGGCAACAUAUCAAUCUCUCAAACAUCUUCACAUGAUCUGUGACUUAACCUCUUCCAGUAGCCAUCCCUCCCUCCCAUACUUUUGCAAGGUUUAACCAUCUUCCUUGCUGUAAUAUCCCUUCCCCCUUGCCUUGACAAAGGCAAUUAAAUUCCGAAUUGCACUCACAUGGAUUGAAGAUACUGCUUUAACAAUAACUCUGCUGGGCCAUCGUGUUCACCAUACAAUCUUUUUUUCCCCCCUUUCAGAAUAAACAAAUAGCCAUAUUUGUGGGUUUUUGCAUAAAUCUGCUUAUGUGAAAGUGUGUUUGCUUAGGAAAGAGUGUAUGUGGAAAAUACCAAGGUAUAACAAUUGGUACAGAAGAGUACAGUUGUCAUUCUGCAUGUGGUUAUCUGAGCUCAUUGAAAUUGCACUAAAGAAGGGGGGAAAAUUAGUCAAUUUUUUAUUUAAGUAGAAAAAAUAGAAAAGUAAUUAAAAUAAUCUAGAAAAAUAACACACAUUCUCAAUCACUAAUAUCAGGAGGGAAAAAACCUAUCUCAAUUUCUUGACAUAUUAAUAGGAAUAAAGCAGUUAACGCGGUAUUUUAACUCCACACAAGAUGAAGCCUAAUGCUUUCCUUAUUAUGUUACUUGCCAUAAGAAAAUGCUUCCAAAAAUUAUUGAACAGAUUUGUUUCUAUGAAUUGUGCUAGAAACCAUUAGCCAAUUCUUUAAUGUCCAUUUAAAAAUAAUGGAAGGAAUAAAUAAUUAAUAAGACAUACAAUGUAGAGGUUUAUUGUAGAGGUUAGAGAUAAUGGCCCAUGAAGGGAAGAGUGUAUUACAUUAAGGAUUCAAGUAAACUACAAUCAGCUUAAUGGUUAAAGUGUUCAGAGUAUUUUCUGUUCUCCACCAGUGCUGUUUGUAAGUAGAGGUCUGAACCUUGCUUUACUGAAAAGCAUAUGAAAGAAAAAUUACAUAUGUGACUAAUUUAGCCCAGAGAUCUGUACCAGUACUUUUUGUGAGGAUAUCCACAGUCUGAUUGUUUUCUAAACUGUGGAGGAAAUAUACCAAGGAUUCUUCAAAUGAUGUUACUUGUACACAUUACAGGUAAAACACCAGCAAAAUUACACGAUUGAACCCAAAUUACGAUCCAAAGACAUUUUCAACAUUUUCCGCAGGACUACUUCUAAUGAUUUUCUCUAGCAUACUUCAUCAGGAUGUUGUCAAAGCAGGAAGUAUACAAUUUAAUUCAAAUAAGUCAUAUGCAUGUGAAGUUUGUGGUAACAAAAAAUUAAAGAAUAUUCAUUAGUAAUUGAGACUUAGAAGAUAA